AGAACAAAUGUACAGCAAACCACAGACCUGGAAAUUCCCCCUCCAGGAACGCCACGGUCGGAGGUCCAGGAGGAGGUGGAAUGUGCUCCAUCUCCUCGUCUUUCUCUCACACUCAAAGUGGCAGGUCUGGGCACAACUCGGGAAGUGGAACUGCCUUUGUCCAACUACAAAUCCACCAUUUUCUUUUACGUCCAGCGUUUACUCCAGCUCUCCUGUAGUGGAGCAGUGAAGACAGACAAGCUAAGGAGGAUAUGGGAGCCCACCUACACGAUAAUGUACAGAGAGCUGAAGGACUCCGACAAAGAGAAGGAGAGUGGCAAAAUGGACUUCUGUGAGCAGGGCCUGGUGCAAAGCCGCUCUGGAGGCCUGUCUCCCUCUGUCCCUCUCCAUCACAGCUCGGAGAUCCUGGGGGGAGCAAGGGAGAUGGCCCAGGCUAAGGCUGGUUGCAGCCAGAAUGCAUGUGGUGUGGAAGAUGUGCUACAGCUACUGCGAAUACUCUACAUCAUCGGAGGAGAUGCGGCAGGCAACGCAAGGACACUACAGGAAGAUGUGGAGGAGCUUCAGUUUAAUGCGUCGCCAGAAGAAUUCACCAGUAAAAAGAUCACCACCAAAAUCCUGCAGCAGAUUGAGGAACCCUUAGCUUUAGCCAGUGGCGCACUUCCAGACUGGUGUGAACAGCUCACCUCCAAGUGUCCUUUCCUCAUUCCCUUUGAGACCAGACAGCUGUACUUCACCUGCACUGCCUUUGGAGCCUCUAGGGCGAUCGUGUGGCUGCAGAACCGUCGUGAGGCCACUAUGGAGCGCUCUCGCCCCUCGACCGCCGUGCGCCGAGACGACCCUGGGGAGUUCAGAGUGGGACGACUCAAACACGAGAGGGUCAAAGUGCCACGCGGAGAUGCCAUGAUGCAGUGGGCGGAGUCUGUGAUGGGCGUGCAUGCAGAGAGGAAGUCUGUGCUCGAGGUGGAGUUCUUGGGGGAGGAGGGCACAGGUCUGGGUCCCACUCUGGAGUUCUAUGCUUUGGUGGCGGCUGAGUUCCAGAGGACAUCUUUGGGGAUCUGGCUCUGUGACGACGACUUCCCCGACGAUGAAUCCAGACAGGUGGACUUGGGCGGUGGACUCAAACCUCCUGGAUACUACGUGCAGCGUUCCUGUGGGCUGUUUCCAGCUCCGUUUCCUCAGGACAGUGAGGAGUUGGAUCGUGUCACACAGUUAUUCCGCUUCCUGGGCGUGUUUCUGGCCAAAUGUAUCCAGGACAGCCGUUUGGUGGACCUGCCUCUGUCCAGACCCUUCUUUAAGCUGCUGUGUAUGGGAGACAUCAAGUCCAACAUGAGCAAACUGCUGUACGCUUCUCCCAGUGUGGACCGAGGACUCAAUCUGGAAGCUGGGACUGAGGACCAUGACUCUCUGUUCGAUGAAGACUCUAAGUCAGAGUUCAUCCUGGACCCUCCCAAACCCAAGCCCCCCGCCUGGUACCACGGGCUGCUCACCUGGGACGACUUCCAGCACGUCAACCCCCACAGGGCGAGCUUCCUGAAGGAGAUGAAGGAGCUGUCUGUGAAGCGACGUCAGAUUCUCAGCAGUAAAUCUCUGUCUGAAGACGAGAAGAACACCAGACUACAGGACCUGAUGCUCAAGAACCCUCUGGGCUCAGGGCCUCCUCUCAGUGUGGAGGAUCUUGGGUUGAAUUUCCAGUUCUGUCCGUCCUCAAAAGUCCACGGUUUCUCAGCUGUAGACCUCAAACCAAACGGAGACGAUGAGAUGGUGUCGAUGGAGAACGCAGAGGAAUACGUGGAGCUGAUGUUUGACUUCUGUAUGCACACAGGGAUCCAAAGGCAGAUGGAGGCCUUCAGAGAGGGCUUUAACCGCGUGUUCCCGAUGGAGAAGCUGAGCUCCUUCAGUCACAAAGAGGUUCAGAUGAUUCUCUGCGGGAACCAAUCACCAUCCUGGACCAACGAUGACAUCAUCAACUACACUGAGCCCAAACUCGGCUACACCAGAGACAGUCCCGGGUUCCUGAGGUUCGUGAGGGUUCUUUGUGGGAUGAACUCAGACGAGAGGAAAGCGUUUCUUCAGUUCACCACUGGCUGCUCCACACUGCCCCCUGGAGGCCUGGCCAACCUGCACCCGCGCCUCACCAUUGUCAGAAAGGUGGAUGCAACAGACCACAGCUACCCCUCUGUGAACACUUGUGUACAUUACCUGAAGCUGCCUGAGUAUUCUUCAGAGGACAUCAUGAGAGAGCGCCUCCUAGCGGCCACCAUGGAGAAGGGCUUCCACCUCAACUAGCCCUCCCCCCUCCCCCUCUGCUCCUCCCACUCCUCUGCAGACCCCGCCCCUUUAACCAAAACUACCGGAGCUCGCAGGGACAAAACACGUGCACUCAAACCUGCGACUUCAGCAGAUAAAAUAUCACUCUUUUUGGUCAAGGCUACAUUUCCACAACUUUUGGUUAGAAUUUUUGCACAUUUUUCAAAAUUCUCCAAAUCAGUUGUCUCAUCCAACAUUUUUCAAAAUGAUCAAAUCUCUUUUGCUGUUUUUGAACUUUUUGCUUACAUUUCUUGCAUUUUUUGAAAUAUGCUGCAUCUCUUGUUGAUCUCCAGUCUAAAAUGUAUAAAUGAUUUGCCUUAAUCUUGAAAUCUGUGAAACAAAACUAAAAACCAAAUCAUUAUAAAGCCGAAUUGUCAGAAUUUUCACACAAUUGCUUCAGUAUCAGUCCACCUUUAGUUUUAUUUGUUUUAAAUGUAGCUGAAGCCUCUCCAUGCUUCUUUGUGCCUUAGGCGGGUACUUGCUUGGGCCAGUUGGGUGCAUAGACUCAACCAUUUUACAAUUAUUUUACAACUCAUUUUUACAUCUAAAACAAAAGAAAACUGACAUACAUUCUUAUAUUUAAGUUCUUGACUUAUAAUUUCUCACAUCACCGUGCUUCAUCUUUUCAGAAUGGCUGCUUUUCCCAUUAAUGCCUCUACUUACUUUUUGAAAACUUGAAUCCUGUGUUUUCAUUUCUGCAUUUGCUUGUUGCCGUGUUUUGUCCCAACGCUCCGGCUCCGCUCCGGCUCCUCACUGAGCAUGCUCCGGUUCAGUUUAGUGCCUGUUUCACGUUUUCGUAGCUUCUUUUUGGAACAAUCAUGCUUUUUCUUUUUUUUUUUUUCUUUUUUUGGUUUUGUUUUGGCGUGAUGUUUUUGGGGUUCGGCACAGGUCAAUGCCGUGUUUUGUUUUAGUUUCUUUAAGACGCUGUGGGCGCAGACACUGGCGGUGAGAGGAUCCUGUAUGACUUGUAUAUUAUUAUUAUUAUUAUUAUUGUUAUUACAGUCUUUAUUUAACGAGUUGCAGUUUGAGGAUAUUUUCAGAUGUGUAUGCUCCAAAAAAUAAUCAUUAAAUCGUUUGCAAAACUACGAACAGAAA